GUGUAUCUGUUUGUAAUCCAAAAUCUACAAACUGCAUUAAAUAGCGACAUUUAUUUAGAGUUAAAACCUAUUUUUUAUAAAGCCAAGGCAGAUAUUGGAAUCGAUGGAUUACUUUAUCUUCUUCUAUAUCACAAGAAAAGUGAAACUGGAAAAAUGCUGUGAAUUAAUCAUUUUAAGCUUUGCGAAUUUUAAUUGCAUUAUCGUCUAUAUAAUUGUAACAUUCGUUCUAAUGCGUAUGUUAUCAUGCAGACGUUGUCUGAUUUCGCGACUUCUCCGGUACAUGCAGUUUACAUUUCAAUGAAAAAGCCUUCCACAAUCACGCGUAGGCCCCGCACAACUAAAAUCAGUAGCAGCUUAUAAUUAAAGAACAAAUAUUCAAAAUUGUCCACUACAGUCGUUGUGUGGUGGACAGUGUCAGUUAUAUCAGUCAUAUACAAAGUGUUUGACAGCAUCCGUACUGCACUCGGUACAAAUUUUACUUUGUUAUUAAGUCUACGUUUUACAUAAUUAUUUCGAGAAAGAUACCGAUUCUAUUACUUACCUUGACCUAUUCCAGUGAUAUAUUAGUUCCGAUAUGAAUGCUGUCAAACAUCUUGUAUAUUUUUUCAUAUAUUUCAUCUAGAUAUGUAAUAUGUAUAAGUUUAAAUGUACAUUUAAGUUUACGUCGUAUAACAUAGCGGUGGCGGUAUUUUUCAUAAGGAUUCGUUUUAAAUAGAAAUAUGUAACAUUUUGAUAUAAAUCACUGGCAUGUAUGUGUGUAAUGAUAAAGUAUAUCUUUUACAUGCGACAUUGGAUCUUGCCAACACUCACAACAUAUAUAAAAUGACACCAACCACUGUUGUUGUCGUUAGUAUGUGGUGAAUUGUUAUGCGCGCGUGAAGAUGCUUCUAUCAAAAAUGGAGACGACAUCUUUAAAACUACUUUUCAUUAUUGUCUCAAUGAUUCCCGUCUCUUUGAAUGAUUAUACAAAUUGCUCGCUUCCUUUCGGGCGAAUAUCUACCGCUCAAGUAGAACCAAUAAGAUUUGAUGUCACCAUUGAAAUAAUGCCGCAGAGAAAUAUCUUGUUAGGCAAAACCGAUAUCACAAUAAAUGUAAAAAAACCUACGUCGAAUAUAUCUCUGCAUGGACACGGUUUGGAAAUAGAUAUAGCGUGCACAAUGCUUAUGAAACCUAAUGCAAAACCGAGAUGUCAUGAGGAACAUGCUGGACUUAAACUAUGGGAAGUAGUGCAUUGUCCCGAGAGUGGAAUAAUGAACUUGUUGUUUCAUGAUUACAUAUCCCUUGGGAUUCAUAGCUUACAUAUAGAACACUAUUCUCCUUUGGAUAAAAAUGUAAACAAAAUCAUUUAUCCAUACCCUUGGACAAAUGAAACUAGGUGGAUUGUCACCAACAUGUAUUCAUCAAACGCCAUACAAAGACUUUUUCCAAACUGGUAUGAUAUGGACAUAGAAGAAUAUUUGCAUAUGACAGUGAAAUAUGAUAUAUCAUAUAAGAUCUUCUCGAGUGUACCUGAAUGGUAUGAUUAUCAAGAUAGAAAUGUACGAAGGACGUUUUAUACGCACUUUGACGAAAUUUCUACUUAUUCCAUUACAUUUAUGUUCGUCCAUGGUUUGAUAACAAACACCAAACAAUACGAUAUGAACUAUUUGUGGCAAGAAGGGAGAGCGACGCCAUCAGCCACACACAUGCAUAUAGUAGCAUAUCAUACCAUAUUGCAUUUUAAUUGGGUUGUAAACAUCAUUUUGUCUAAAAUCAUAAAUAGAAUUGACCAUGUCAUACUUCCAUAUGGCCCGAUGAAGUCUGCGGGACGUCUUGGACUAAUUGCUUACAGGGAAAAAGAUAUUAUGUACAAGGAAGGAGUAGAUUCCCCUGGAAAAAUGAUUGAUAUUGCGAAGUUGGUAUCAUACGAAAUGUCACGUCAAUUGUUCAUCGGUGUAAUGAACUCGCAUGUUCACAUUGAGGAUAAAUGGCUCGAUGAGAUACUUGCGUCCUUCUACAGUUUUUACAUUGUAGAUAAGAUAUGGUUGGGAGAAGAAAUGAUGGAGCUGUUCGUAGUCCAAAAUUUACUUUCUGCAUUAGAUAUUGACAUUUAUUUAGAGACUAAACCUAUUAUACAUAAAUCUAAGAGGGAUGAUGGAAUUGAUGGAUUACUAUACCCUUUACUGUAUCACAAGAAAGCAUUCGCCAUAAUUCGUUUGUUACUCUAUUUGGUCACUCCACAAAAGUUUGAUGAGAUUAUUAAAAGAUAUGUACAAUCACGCAACACGAAUUUCUGGAUAAUCGUCGAGCAAGUACAUACUAAAGAGUACAAACAGUGUAAAGUAACUGAAAUAAUGCAUUCAUGGUUAGUGAAUAUACACCACCCAGAAAUGUACUUUACUCGUAACUAUAGUGAGAAAACAGUGUCUAUAACGAAAACAGCAAUAAAUAAUGCAACAGUGCCUACUAGUGGCUUCAAUUUUAAAAUACCCUUUACGUUCUAUUCAAAUUCGCAUUUCGAUAAUAUUGUAUUUUGUGAAGGAAAUGAGCUAAGAUCCAUUAGUACUUUAAAUUCAAGUCAUUCUCUUUUCGUUGACAUGGAACAAUUCGGUUACUAUCGAGUUAAUUACGAUAGCCAGAAUUGGUUACUACUUGCGGAUCACUUACAGUCUGCUAUCCUUGCACCUAUACCUGUUCUUAGUCGAGCACAGAUUGUCAACGAUGCAUUUUACUUUACAACAGCUGGGAAAAUAGAACCUCCACUCUUCUUCAAUGUUAUAAAGUUUCUAAAUAACGAGACUAAUUAUAUAGUAUGGUAUCCAAUGUUUAACAUUCUCUCGUAUAUGUCGACUUUCUUAAAGUUUUCAGUAGGCGAAUCGACGAAGGCUAAAUUUCUGCUUAUAUUGAAUUCACUUCUUCGUAAAGUGGGAUACGAAGAACAAAAGUCCGAUAAUGAAAUGACGAUGCCGUUAAGAUUACUAGCAAUAAAGUGGGCUUGCGAGUUCGGCCAUGAAGAAUGCAGAAAGGUCACUGCCAAAAAAUUGAUCGCGUAUAUACACAAUAGUGAACAGAACAUAAUUACGCGGUGGACAAACUGGAUGUACUGUACCGGAAUGAUGAACGUAAAUAGGACUGUUUCGAAACUGCUUUGGCAACAAGGCGUUGAAGGAGAAAAUAUGGAGAUUUUAGAACGCUUAAUGUGUAUAGAAGAUGAAAAUAUCUUAUUACAUUAUUUGGAAUGGAUGUCGAUUGUGAGACCCUAUGAGAUCAAUACAACAAAAUUAUCAAUGGGAAAAUUACAUCGUUUUAUUAUUAAGAAACAUGUUGCAAAGCAAAAAGUGCUGAAUUUUUUCUUGAACAAUUAUUUCCAAAUAAUAGAUAGAUUCCCCCACGAUUUUCAUGGUAAUCUAACUCUAUUCGGUGAUAUCGUUAUGAAUGUGCAUAGCGAAAUGCUACUCAGUAAGAUAAGUAUGCGCAUAACCAAGGAGUUUGUUGGUUAUGAACUAUGGAGCAAGGUUGAAGAACUGAUAGAAAUACGACGAGAUCAGCUAUUAAAACAGCGAAGGAAGUUUACAGUAUUUCAGGAUUAAUGUUUUAUAGUGAUGUAACCUAGUUGACACAUAGUUUUUACCAUCAUUUAUACAAAUUAUAGUUUUUACCAUUAUUUAUACGAAUUAUAAUGUGUGGGCUUUUUAUAUUAUAUUAUAUAUUAUAUAUAUUAUAUGAAGGAUAUUUAUAGCAUAAA